UCCACAGGCUUAGCCAAUGCAAGCCAAACCGAGCGGUCUUCCCAGUAUACCGGUCUUCCGCCGCUUCCGCCCUUUAAAACGAAUAGCACCGGUGUGGUAUUCGUUUGCAAAUACUUAAUAAGUUGUGGAGCGGCUUGUGACAUUAUGAAAGCUGAGGACAAGAACUGCAUGCGCAGACUGGCUGCAAAAUUCAAUAGCCUCUCCAGACCAGACGGUUCUGUAGUGCUCUCACGUGGUGAAACAGUCGUGCAAGCUGGAGUCUACGGCCCGAUUGAAGUCCGGCAAAAUAGAGAAGUACCUGAGAAAGCAACCGUCGAAGUCUUCUUUCGGAAUAAGAGUGGACGUCAAAGCUGUGCAGAUCGUCUUCAGGAGAAGGUCAUCCGCAGUGCAAUGGAGACUGUGAUGCUGGUAGCCUUGCACCCGCGGUCAUCAAUAUCAGUCACUCUCCAAGAGCUGCAUAAUGAUGGCGGUAUGCUUGCAUCUUGUAUCAACGCUGCAUAUCUCUGUGCCAUGGAUGCUGCCAUAGCCACAAGAUGCCAAGUUGCAGCUGUACAUGCAGCUGUCAUGCCUGAUGGGACUGUACAAUUGGAUCCUACCUUGGAUCAGGAGAAGGAAGCAGCAGCAUGUUGUACAAUUGCAUUUGAAAAUCAAGAGUUAGAAGUCAUCUCUGUGCAUACUGAGGGACAGAUCUCUGUGGACACGUUGAGCAAGUGCAUGCAGGUGUGUAGUGCCGCUGUGGAAGAAGUGUUUCAGUUCUACAGGGAGGCUAUGGCAACGAGGUACAACAGAUACCUCCCACCGGAAUCGGAUGAGUGACUUUCCAGACAACUCACGAAAUAAAUGAGACUGUUACAAAGCA